UAGGUCGAGCACGACGAAUGAAAAGCGGGAAUCGGACUAGCCAAACAAAAUGUUUGUUUUAAUUUAUUUGGUGCUUGCGAUAUCAUCGCUUUUGGCCUACUUGUACCACCGCAACUUCAACUACUGGAAGCGUCGCGGAGUGGCCCAUGAUACCCCACAUCCUCUUUAUGGAAAUAUGGUCGGAUUCCGGAAGGAUAGGGUGAUGCACGACAUCUUCUACGACUACUACAACAAGUACCGGAAGAGCGGCAACCCCUUCGUGGGCUUCUACUUCCUGCACAAGCCGGCCGCCUUUAUCUUAGACACCAAGCUGGCCAAGAACAUACUGAUCAAGGACUUCUCCAACUUUGCGGAUCGCGGACAGUUCCACAACGGGCAGGAUGAUCCGCUCACCCAGCACCUGUUCAACCUGGACGGCAAGAAGUGGAAGGACAUGCGCCAGAGGCUGUCGCCCACCUUCACCUCGGGCAAGAUGAAGUACAUGUUCCCCACGGUGAUCAAGGUGUCCGAGGAGUUUGUCAAGGUGAUGACCGAGCAGGUGCCCGCCACCCAAAACGGAGCUGUGCUCGAGAUCAAGGAGCUGAUGGCCAGGUUCACCACCGACGUGAUUGGUACUUGCGCCUUUGGCAUAGAGUGCAAUACCCUCCGUAAUCCCGUCACCGAUUUCCGCACCAUGGGGCAGAAGGUGUUAACAGAUAUGCGGCAUGGAAAGCUGCUCACCAUGUUCAUGUUCAGCUUUCCCAAUCUGGCCAGGAAGCUGAGGAUGCGCAUGAUGCCCGAGGAUGUGCACCAGUUCUUCAUGAGGUUGGUGAACGACACGAUUGCCAUCAGGGAGAAGGAGAACUUCAAGAGGAACGACUUCAUGAACCUGCUCAUCGAGUUGAUGCAGAAGGGCAGUGUCACCCUGGAGAACGGAGAGGUGAUCGAGGGCAUGGACAUCGGCGAGCUGGCCGCCCAGGUGUUUGUCUUCUAUGUGGCCGGCUUCGAGACCUCCUCCUCGACCAUGAGCUACUGCCUCUACGAGUUGGCCCAGAACCAGGGCAUUCAGGACAGGAUGAGGAGCGAGAUCCAGACGGUGCUGGAGGAGCACGAGGGGCAGCUGACCUACGAGUCCGUCAAGGCCAUGCGCUACUUGAACCAGGUCAUCUCAGAGACCCUGAGGCUGUACACUUUGGUACCCCAUCUGGAGCGAAAGGCUCUUAAUGAUUACGUAGUGCCGGGUAAUCCCAAGUUCGUUAUUGAGAAGGGCACUCAAGUCUUGAUUCCCGCCUGUGCCUACCACCGCGACGAGGAUCUGUAUCCGGAUCCCGAGACCUUCGAUCCGGACCGCUUCUCGCAGGAGAAAGUGGCCGCCCGCGACUCCGUGGAGUGGCUGCCCUUUGGCGAUGGGCCUAGAAACUGCGUCGGAAUGCGAUUUGGCCAAAUGCAGGUCCGCAUCGGCCUGGCCCAGAUCAUCAGCCGGUUCAAGCUGUCCGUUUGCGACCAGACAGAGAUCCCACUGAAGUACACACCCAUGUCCCUAGUCUUGGGCACCGCGGGUGGCAUCCACUUGCGGAUGGAGCGCAUCUAGAUGUGCUUCAUAAGUGCCAUUGUAUAUUUAGUUUAAUCACAAGUGAUAUAAACUAGGGUAAGCAUUUUGUUGUGAAAGACUUAAAGUACCAUUCGUGUGCAAUGUCUGUGACUGAACUCCACCUUUUAUCUAAUAAAAUACACAUGUUGAACUAAA